AUGGAACCAGUUGAUGGCAGGCAUGGAUUAGAAUUUGAUGUAAAUGAUAGUCCAUUUCUUUCGGAGCAUGCCCAAGCACGACAGAAAGAUGUUUCACCUGUUGUUUUGCCAGCUAAGUUUUCGGACAACGGCAAUAUGGGAAACCACAUUCCUCUGUUGGAAACCUUUGCGCCUGCCAUCGAAGCAUUGAAAGGCAAUAUUCAUGAGUCUGGAGAUGGCGACAACAUUCUUCCAGACAAAAGACCGGCUGUUUUUUUGGAGUUCAAAGCUGGGAAAAAAAUCUUAGGUGAACCGUUGGAUUUGAGCCUCCUGAAAACAGGUCUUGGGAAGACAGCAACUGUGCUUGGGCGGGACGAUGAGAAAGAUGACAGGAAGAGAAGAGCUGAGUAUAUUCUUCGACAAUCCAUGGAAAACCCACAGGAGCUCACUCAGUUGUAA